AUGAGUCCCAACAGCGUGAAUGGCUCUCUUUCCGAUACCCAAUACACACCAUCAAUUGAGCUGUUGUUCCUUGGAACAGGCACUUCCUCCUCCAUUCCUCACCUGGACUGCCUGACCGCCCCGCCCAAUAGAAUGCCCUGUUUGACAUGCCUAUCCACGCUGACUUCAGAAGGAAAGAAGAACAUCAGGCGAAAUACAUCCGCGGCUCUUCGUAUAUUGGGAAAGGAUGGCAAGAGAACGACCGUGGUCAUCGAUGUAGGCAAAAACUUUCAAGCUGCCGCCGUGGAGUGGUUCCCGAAGUAUGGAUUGCGGGAGAUUGACGCUGUUAUCAUUACACAUGCACAUGCUGAUGCCAUGAAUGGCUUAGAUGAUCUUCGAGGAUGGACGCUUGGAGGUGCCAUACAAACGCACAUCGAUGUCUAUGUUUCUCAGUCCACGUUCGGCGAAGUUCAAAGAUCAUUCCCUUAUUUGGUGUCAAAAGAAUUUGCAUCUGGGGGAGGCGAUGUACCUGAUUUUGAAUGGCAUAUCAUAGAAGACAAGGUCCCAUUUGAAAUCAAGGAUACGGGUGUCCGCAUUACACCAUUCUUAGUCCAUCAUGGCAGGUUGUUUACCACGAACCCUCCGCCAGCCUUUGCGCCGACACCAUUCGCGACUCAGCCGACAACUCCCAAUUUGUCGGGGAGGUCAUCCCCAGCGAGACCUUUGUCGGAUAUAUGCAGCAGCGCGACUCCCAAGAUUCAUCCUUAUUUGUGCUUUGGAUUUUUGAUUCAGGACACUAUCGUCUACAUUUCUGACGUAUCUUUGAUACCCGAUGAUACUUGGGCAUUACUAGAGUCGACAAAGAAACCGAUGCCAGUGUUGGUGCUCGACUGCUUGCGGCUGAGGGCCCAUACGUCGCAUAUGGGUGUUCGGGAAGCAGUGGCUACUGUGCGAAGGUUGAAUCCCAGACGAACCUAUAUGACUGGGUUCAGCCAUGACAUCUCUCAUGAUGAAUAUGUAACUAUCGGCAAGGCCGCGGGCGGAGACAGCCCUAGAGAUACGACUAGUAUGAGCGUCACGGAGCGUCGCGGGCCCGUGUGGAUUCGACCUUCUCAUGAUGGAUUGAGGGUAUUUGUGUCGAGCGAUGAUUCGGUCAAGGACGAGACGUACGACUGA